GACCAUGACCUGAGCCGAAAUCAAGAGUCGGGAGCUUAACCAGCUGAGUCCCCAGGCGCCCCGUGCAUUCUCUUAAUCAUUGGUAGGGUUAUGUCACCAAUAACUUAUCUGUCAACUCAGUGGGUUGGAGCUGAGAUCAAACUUGCCAUCUUACUCAGAAAACCUGAAAUACAUUUUGUGUACAAGGGCUCGUUGAGAUGUUCACAGACCGCAAGGCCUGCACUCAAAGCAUACAGGUCGGUGGUUCACUUCUUGCGGAGCUGUGCCAGACAUUUUUAUCCCCCGGAAGGAAACGCCGUGUCCCGACUGGUCCUUGCACACGCCCCCGGCCCCUACCCCUGCAUCCGCUAGUCUGUGCCCUGUGGAUCUUCCCUGGGCCUUCUGUGGACACGGGGUCGUGGUGUUAUCCGUGGCUGAUUGCUCUCUCUCGCGAAGCAGUCAGGGUUCGGCCACGGCGCUCCGUGUGCCGGAACUCCAUUUCUGUCGUUAAUGUGAUUCCACCUUUGGGAUAGGACACGUGUAUGUAGCCGCACAUCACCUGGUGGGCAUUUGGGUUGUUUUUGCCUGUUCUGAGGGACACUGCUGUGGACACUUGGGGACACGUUUUUGUGCGGAUACGUGUUUGACUCUCUGGGUCUGUAUGUGGGAGUGGAUUUGGCGGCUGGUGUGGGCACUCCGUGUUUAAUCACCGGGAGGAAGCACCAGGCUCUUCCAAAGGCGCGUAGGGGUCCUCAUGUGCUGAGCCUCACCAACACCGGUCCUUUCCACGUUCUGAUGACAGCCAGCCUGGGGGUGUGCAGUGGCGUGAAACCUGUACUUUAAACCUAUUUCUUGUCAAAAAUGACACAGUUUGAGCAUGAAAAGCCUAAUGGAGAAAAUAAAACAUACCCAUUACAGCACAGACAAAAAGCUACUCAGCAUUUCAGGGUUUUUAGCCAAGGUGAAGGUUCUUCAGCAGACAUACCAGUUCCCCUAAAUUAUAAGAAGACAAAAACCCUAAUUGUAUGGCUUCCUUCUGUGCUUUGGGGUUGAUUGUUGACCAAGACAAGUGAGUCCCCACAGUUCCAGCUAUGUCCUCCUGGUGGAUGGAUUUGAGUUUUCCGGACACUUCUCUGUGACUAGGAGGACUGUCGCUCCCGCUCCUUCGGUCCAUUCUCCGCUCCGCAGACAUCAGUUAUGUGCUGGUGAGCUCUCGUGUGGUUUUCGUCCCCUGCCUGCCUGCACACGUCUGUGGGAUUCGGUGGACUCCCUCACUGCUUCACUUGACUUUAACACAUUUCGUCAUGGACUUUAUUCUAAUUACGCUCAUGUCGCUUUCCUCCUCAACACGCAUCCCCUUCCGAGCCGGGCUGGCUGGCUCUCUCCUGUCGUCCAGAUUAUGGCCAUCCGCUUUCUCUCUGAAACCCCACAGCAACAGCAGCGUAUCUUGACGGUAUUGAAUCUGCAUUGUUUUUGGCCUACGAUCCUCAGGUCUGUCGUUCUAAAUAGAGCAUCAUUAAAUUAUUACCCUUCAGGAAUGUGCAUGCACAUUUAGAGAAACAUGUGUCUUCCCGCAAGUGUGAGGAGUUCUGCAUCGGUGGUCAGAAUCUUUCCUCGUUUUGCUGCAUUUCACAGGGUCCUGAAAUACUGUGUCCUGCCUCUGAUCUGCAGCUGGUCCCAUUUCUUUUUUCCCUUGAACGGGAAGCUUCUUGUCUGUAUGUGCUGCUGGUGGUUCUGAGGGCAGCGAGUGGAACACAACACGACAAUCUGCUAACCCUCCCCCCGUGGGGCUUCACCGUCGGUUUGGAGAAUACAUAAUGAUACAUAGUGACGUCAGUGCCCUUGCCGAUGCCUUCCCCUCAUGAGGUGUUCCUAGUCACAGACGUACUUAAACAGAACAGAAGCACGCACGUUUUAUAAUUAACCUGAAGAAAGACUUCUUUGAGUCAUACUUGGCCAGUUUACCGAACGUGUGUAGGGUUUAUAAAUGUUAAUGAAAAAGCGAUACCGUAAAGGCCCAUCCCUGCAUGAAGACUGCGUGACUUUAUUGCAAGCUGAGCACACACGCACGCCAAGAUGUGCAAGAAGGGCGUUAAAAUCGCCUGAGCGUCUCCCGUGCAAGUGGGAAGCCAUUGCCCUGUCUUCCCAUCUGCUUCCUGCAACUCGCCUGGCCCGUCGGUGAGACUGACCUGUGUUCUCACUGAAAUCCUGCCCUAAAUCAGCAGGCGCUGGUCACGAUGAAGAAAAGUAAGGUCCAUCACCAAGGCCAGAAGGUGGUUUAUCGAUCCCUCCGCGUCAGGAUGCUUCGCUGGGAGGUCUGCGUUCCUCCGGCAUCUGGCCCACCAGGUAGCGGGGGGCAGGCCAUCGGCCCCGCAGUCAGGCCGUUGGGUAGGACGCCUCUCGGAGGGCUGUGGACAAGGGAGGAAUUGGGGGUUAGGCAUUGGCCAGGUGGGUAUGAGGGGACAGGCAGGGUGUCCGCAUAGAGGCCCUUGGGCGACUGUGGGUGGAGAGUGGGAGAACGUCGACGAGCCAGCAGGGAGCAGAGGAGAAGCCAAGGGCCUGUGGCAGGUGGAGGGGAGGGGACCUCCAGGAAGGCGCUGAUGCCUUCCCAGCUCUCCGUCCACGUGUCUGGGGGAAGGAGGGAGGGGCCGCCAUGUACAGUCACAUCCAGUCACACUGUCGCAGGAGCGAUGCAGACAGAUCAGGGCUCCCUUACGUGGACGUCACAUCUGCCGCUUAGGAGGGAACCAGAGAAGUUGCCCCGUGUGAGAUCGCACUGCCCAGCCUCUGACGCACGGUGACCCUGUGAGCUUUGGUGAUGGCUCUCCCCCCUGACGUUUUUGGCUUAAAUGUACGAAGUGAAGUCCCAUAAAAGAACACACUUCUGGGAAAUGUGAAAGAAGAAGGAACAGUGGUUGGGUGAGAGAUUUUAGCAGCAUUUUUAGAACCUUCAUACCAGGAGAACAAGCUGUGGAAUUUAUAGUGUGGGGGAAUCCCCUGCACUUCGAGAGGUUUGAGCUCAGUACUGCUGAGAGUGGGCAUCUUGCCUCCACGGAAGGGAGGACGGGGCUGUUGUAAUUAGCGGAGUUAACACAGGAGCGGCCCAGGCACGUGGGAAGCGGCUUCGUCCGACGUCCACAGGCCCCUGACGGUUUCACAGACGUGGUCACUCUCGGGCAGCACCUUCCCAAGAGUAAGUGAAGGAACAAUAAGUUAGGUCCAGCAAGAACAUUCCGGCAAGAGAGGGUUCAGAGCGGGUCCUGCUAAAUCAGGUGGCGCUUUGCCGUGUUUGAGUCAUCUCGUGUGCGUGUCAUCUCCGCGCUCCCGUGUUGGUCUGAGAGUGGACAGUGUCAUUCUCCAUCAGAGUGAAUAAAGUUGUCGUCAUUAUUAACACACGCAGCGGCCACGAAGACCUAGUCUUGCGUAGAAGUGCAAUAACGCACCCAAAGUCACAUGACCGACAGCAGGUCACACAGGUGUCUUUCUACAGGGACGUGUUUAAGUUACACACGUUGCUCGAGCCCCUGCUGCUCUGGCCGCAGAGUGAGAGCAGACGGUCCUGAUGCCACGUGGCACCCACAGCUGGCCAGGGGAUGCUCCUGGCUGUGGGCACGUCUCUAGUGAAGGGUUCUGGGGAUGGUCGGGGUUGUCCUGCUCACCCGCAAAGGCUUGGCGACUCUGGUGCCUGCUUCUCAGCCACCUGCUGAGGCCAGGAGAGGAAGAGAACCACGGCUGGGUUCCCGGGUUCCCGGGUUCCGGAGCGUGGGUGUGGGGGCCAGCCCUGUGUAGACACCUCCAUGCAGCGCUCGGCCUGGCGGCCACGUGUGACGGAGCCACGUGGGCUCCGGCCGCGGCAGCUGGCAGACAGGGUGCGUGUAGGCCGAGCGCGUCCAGACGCCCGACGGGUUUGCAGAUGCCCCUACGGCUAUUUGUGUACUUUCUAAAUCAAGCAGAGUUUUAAACGGGCCGUCUGUGGAUUCGGCGUCAAUGCGCAGCUGUUUGUGUGGACGGCAGCCUUGCGCGAGUGCGUCGGCGUGGUCGUGGGUGAGCGCGGCUGUGCCGGGAGUACCGGUGGGCCGUACUGUCGCGCAGUCUAGCCCGGCAGGACGCGGCUUCCUUCGCGCCGGUGUCACCUGGGGUGGGGGGAGCGCAGGUUCUGUUUGGGUGGGAGGGUCUGUGGGCCAAGCGUCUGCGUUUCCAGGGAGCGUUCCGGACGCCGUCCCCCUUGCUCUGAGCCCUUCCUCCCCUGCCUCUCCCGUUAAUAGAAGCAUCUGGCAAGCUUCUAGAACCCUGAGGCUCAGGCCGCACCCCACACAGAUUCAGGCGUGGUCUCAGGGGAGACCGGUGCGGGCACUGGUGCUCUGUGGGCGCCCGGUCGUUCCCGGGCAGCCACGUUUAGUGGCCUUGAGCUGCCCCGGCAUCACUGCGUCAUCCUUCACACCUCGCUGGGCCUCCCUCUCGCGGGCCCAUCCACGUGGCCCUGGCCUGAGAGUGCAGCGCCUGCCACCUCGCCAGUCAUCCUCCUGCCUCCCCCGCCCUCCUUCCUGGCGUGCGGGGUGACCGCCUAGGGCUGUGCGGGAAGCGCCCUGCACGCGGCCCCUGCCUCUCGACAGGACGGAAAUGCCAGCCUGCUCCGCACCUGAGACCCGACCGCCGGGGCCCGGCUGGGGGCACCCGGUCGACCACGAUUUUCACGCACCAGGAGGCCCCCUCUCAUUUAUCCAGAGACGUCUUUCCGACUUACCCCUUCUCCUCUGCGGACAAGGCCUGGCAGGCCAUCUUUUUUACUUAAAUUCCCUCCUGACCGCUGCUUCCGUUUUCUGACUGCUUUGUCUGGUGUCAGAAGGAAGCCCCCCCCCUCGUCCCCAGGCUCCCACGGAAGCAGAGGCCACCCUGGAGGAGCCUGGCGCACAGGCCCCGCCUGGUGCUUCCGAUGAAGUCGGUGUCCAUUUAAUGAUUAUUUUCAACAUUUCCUACAACAACAUAUCUUCAUCCAAGUAUUAUCUGAAUCUUUCUAAAGUUAUGGUUUUCACUUAAAUAGCUUUGGUUAAAAUAGAAAAGCCUUUCUAAAGGCAGAAACAAUGGCUUUAAAUAAAAUACUAAUAAUACUUCAAUAUUUUGAAGAAAAUCCUGGCCAAUUUUCUUUUAAAAACAUAUUUACUUAAAUCCUGUAAAAACUGUUCAGCAACGGUUAUUCAAAACUUAGACUUCCCGUGUGUUAGGCCAGUCACCGGAGCCCUGGUCAGAUGGGAGGCAGAUGUGCUGCCCUGUGUGGUCAGUGCCGGUGUGUCCCAUGGGCUGGUGGACGAGGGGCCGUGGUCCUGUUGUGGCGCCCACGUCCCUGCGCUCAUGCCCUUGGCCUGUUUCCGCUCUGCCCCCUCAGACCAGAACCGGCCUCGCCCUGCUGCACCACGAAGGGUCUGGAAGCCCCUGCGACGUCCGCCUGAAGCUGACGAGAGAGGUCCUCACGAUUCAGAAACAGGACGUGGUCUGUGUCCGCGGGAGCAGCCACGGCGCACAUCACAGAACCGUUACGCUGCGCAGACAGCCCGUUGGCGGCUUGGGCCUGAGCGUAAAGGGAGGCGCCGAGCACAGGGUCCCUGUCGUCAUAUCAAAGAUAUUCAGAGGCCACGCAGCCGACCAGACAGGGAUGUUGUUCGUCGGAGACGCUGUCCUGCAGGUUAACGGCAUUAACGUAGAACACGCGACCCAUGAGGAAGUGGUGCAUCUUUUGAGAAACGCUGGCGACGAGGUGGCCAUCACUGUUGACUAUCUCAGGGAGGCGCCGGCAUUUCUGAAGCUCCCAUUAGGGUCCCCGGGGCCAGCCGGCGACCACAGCAGCGGGGCCUCGUCCCCUCUGUUUGACAGUGGACUGCAUCUGAACAGCAACCCCAGCAGCACAGAUUCACCAUCGCCUUCCUCGCCCGCGGCUGACGCGCCACAGUAUGAGAAGCGCUGGCUGGACACGCUGUCCGUUCCUCUGUCUAUGGCCCGAAUCUCCAGGUGCAAGGCUGGAACAGGAAAGUGCAGGUCCGGCGCGUUCCAGGUGCUGGCUGUAGACGGCGUCCGCACGGGAGUCCUGCAGUUUCACACGGCCCGGGAGAGCGCCGACUGGCUGAGGGCAGUGUCCGCGACCAUCAGUGACCUGACACUGGAGAGCAUGAAAAUGGUGAAUGAGGGCUGUUCUCCUUGUGACCAGGUUGUGCACAUGGGCUGGGUCAGGGAGAGACUCGAAGGCACCAGCUCCCGUGAGACCUUCAGAUCCAAGUUCCUGGCCCUGAAAGGCUCUUUGCUGUAUGUUUUCAGCACCGCUCCGGUAAGCACAUUAGACUGGGUACGGGCAGAAAAAACCUACAACCUCUGUGAGGUACUAUUUAAACUUCACAAGCUCUGGCUGGCGGACGACGGCUGGCUCCACGAAGCCUGUCACCUGGGUCCUCCCGGCUUCGCGCCCCAGCGGCCGUUCAGCUUCAGCGUCCUGGUCGGCCACGGCCAGAGUCGCGUCUUCAGCGUGGACCUGGGGAGCGAGCUGGCCGCCUGGGAGAGGUCUUUCCAGAGGGCCACUUUCAAGGAAGUUCAGAGAAGCAGGUCCAAAACAUACACGUGCAGCUGGCAAGGAGAAAUGCUGUGUUUCACGGUGGAUUUCGCGCUGGGAUUCACCUGCUCUGACAGCAAGACGAAGAAUGUGCUCUGGAGAUUUAAAUUUUCUCAGCUUAAGGGAUCUUCGGAUGACGGAAACGCUCGCGUAAAGCUGCUGUUCCAGCAUCCAGACACCAAACAAAUAGAGGUGAAGGAACUCGAAUUCCCGGACCUGACAGCCGUCCUGCACUGUGUUCACGCCUUCCUAGCAGCAAAGGUGGCCUCAGUGGACCCCGCAUUCAUGGACAGCCAGAGCUUCGCGAGGAAAAGUGCUUCUGCUGAGCGCUGAGCAUUAAAUUAUUUUCUUAAGAAAUGACUCUUUCCUGCAAAUAUUACAACUCUGUGUGAUUUUAUAAUGAGCCUCUAGUUGUGAUACCAAUAAAAUGUGUCACUAGUUUCCA